AUGGCACUUCAGCAUGAUGAAACAGUUUGGAUCACCGCAGUGAGUGACAGGACGGAGACACUGGACCUUGAAUCUGAUAUUCUUGAUUCUACGAAAUAUGACAAAAUUGAGCCUCAUGUCAUCUUGGCAAGUCAAAAACGGGAUCCAAGUAUUGGUAGAGUGCUGGCAUUCAAACUAGAUGGACGCAAACCACCUACCCGUGAAAUUUGUAGAGAACUUCCGUUCACAAGAAAGUUGCUGCGUGAGUGGCCAAAGUUGGACGUUGGAAAAGAUGGGUUGCUAAGAAGAAGAUGUGGAGAACAUUUACAACUUGUGUUGCCUAGAGAAUUCCACCCAUUAGUCUACAAGUUGCAUCAGGACAUGGGUAAUCUGGGAGCAGAGAGAGUACUACAGUUAGCUCGCGAGAGAUUUUAUUGGCCUUACAUGCAACGUGACAUUACUCAUUUUGUGAACCGGGUGUGCAGCUGCCUCAAACAAAGGCGACCAAAUAUCUCAACCCGUGCCCCUCUCCAGCCUGUCAUCACGAAUGCACCGUUUGAGUUAAUAUCCAUCUACUAUCUUCAUCUCAAAAGAAGCUCUGGUGGACAUGAGUACAUUUUGGUCAUUGUUGACCACUUCACACGGUUCGCACAAGCGUACCCCACCAGAAAUAAGUCAGCCAGGACGGCAGCGGACAAGCUCUACAGCGAUUUCAUGCUUCGUUUUGGGUUUCCCGCGCGCAUUCUACAAGACCGGGGGAGAGAGUCUGAGAACAAACUGUUUCACCAGUUAAAGCAGCUGUGUGGGAUGAUUCGCUCAAGGACUACACCUUACCACCCACAAUGCAAUGGUAAAGUGGAGAGGUUUGACCAGACAUUGCUGUCAAUGUUAAGAACUCUACCCGAAGAAAAGAAAAGCAGGUGGCAUGAGUUUGUUCCCAAAAGUUGUACAUGCAUACAAUUGUACCAAGAGCGAAUCAACUGGGUAUUCACCAUUUUACCUCCUGUUUGGGCGUUCGCCUCGUUUGCCGAUCGAUAUCAUCCUUGGGACAUCACCCGAUUCAACGUCAGGAACUCACAGUGCUUGUGUCAAGAGGUGGAAGUCUGCUAUGACAGAGGCGUGCUCCUUAGCCGCUGAAAAGUCGCGCAUGUCAGCCUCUAAGGGGAAGAAUUUUCAAGAUCGCAAAGCCCACUAUUCACACCUGGAACCUGGGGACAGAGUUCUCGUCCGCAAACUUUCAGAGCGUGGAGGACCAGGUAAACUUCGAGCGUACUGGGAAGAUCAAAUCCAUGUGGUGGUGGAACGAAAGGGAGACAGCCCAGUCUAUGAGGUGGAACCUGAAGGAGGAGGCCGAAAACAUAGAGUUCUGCACAGGAAUCUGCUUCUACCAUGUGACUUUCUGCCACUAACACAAGAGCAGAAACAUCAAACGAGUAAUAAAGCUCAGCGUGUAAGUAGGAUCUCAAAACAAACUCGUAGUGCGUCCAGGACUGCCACCGAUUGUGACAGUGAUGACGAUGAACUCUUUCAUGACGAUGAACUUAUUUACCAAUGCAAAUUUGGCGAACGGUCUACUCAUGGCGACAGUACUAACUCCGAACCCGUUGCUGCUCCUGAUCAGCCUGUGUUGCUAUAGACAAAGACGUCCAAACUAAGUCUGAUGAAAGGCAAGCAGAUCAUCAUGAACCAACAGAUGUCGAACAACCUUGUCCACCGGAGAACGAUCAAGAUACCCCACCUGUGUCAGUUCCAGAGGAGCUGGAAUCAGAAGAGCAAGAGUCAGAAAUGGAAGAAGAAGCAGCACUAGAACAGGACCCGGGACCAAGUCGCCCCGAACGUGCUCAUCGUCCACCACGAAUGUUUACCUUUAACACAUUGGGACAGCCGACCAUCUGUGGUGUCCAGACAGCUCCAUACCCUGUACCUAGGUGA